GUGUUUUACUGGUAACUUUUUUAUAAAAGUGCUGAAAAAACAUUUUUUGCUUUAUCGAGCUUUGCUUGAAAUUGCUAUUGUUAUCAAUUAUUUGAUAAUCAAUUAAGCCUAUUUUGACCAACAUUCCAAGGACGUGACAACAAUUAAAGAAGAGGAUAAUUAUAAAAAUUUAGAAACGUUGAAGAAGGGGAUAAAUAUAAGAAAGAGUGAGAACAGUUAAAGAAGAGGAUAACAACAAGAACAACUAACAUCAUCUAAAAAAAGCGGAUAAUUAUUGAAAAUGGUUGUUUCCCAAUUUUGGUUUAUGGUCGGACUUUCUGCUUGGGGAAUGUUUUCCUCUUACAAAUUUUAUAAAAAUCACAAAGAAGAACAGGAGGAAUUGGAACGUAAGGCAAGGCAGAAAGAACAAUAUGGAGUACAAAUUGACCUUAGCCGAAUCCAGACAGUAUGUUCAGGAGUAUGCAUAAGAGCAGAUCCAAAUGCUGAUGUUGAAAUGCAGGCAAACCAAAUUGAAGAACAAAAGCAAAUGCAUUACAGAAACCUUGUACAUUCCCUGAGCACUGCAAUCAUGCGAGAAACUUUACAGGAUGGCGAAGAACUGGACUGACAGUUCUUGCCAUACCCAUGGUUUUGAUAAUUUUACUACACGGAUUUGAUAUAUUCAUGGAUUUGACGAGUUUACUUCAUUAUUUUUGAUUUUUGUGGGCGAUGAUUUCUGUACAUCAUCCUACUUUUAUUUAUGAAUUGCAGACAACUAGUACACUUAUUUUCAUAGCAUUGCAUUAGAUUUAGUUUAGCUGAAUCAAAAAUACAGUAUUUUUUAGUU